GGCAGAGAACAGUCUCUGGUGCUCGUCGAAACGAGACGAAAGGGUUUCCGAUCUCGGCCGCGUCGUGAUGCAAGCCGAAGAGGUGAGGUCAUUUCAUUGGCCCACCCUUCUGCAAUUUUUCCAUAUGGGCGCGAGGCAAGCCAGUGGCUCCUGGACCUAUGGGGACACAGCUGGACUGUAGGAAUCAAGACCGAACUGUGGAGCACAAAGCUGAGCCAUUGUGAGACAAUUCGUUGAACUCUGGAACAAUCACCUGGACUUUAGCCAUAACUCGUGGUUGGAAAUGUGAGAAACUCAGCUGGACUGUGAGACACAAUACUGGACUGUGGAACAAAUGUUUAUCCUGUAAGACACUUAGUUGCCCUCUGGAAAACUCAUCCGAACGGCGGAACAUUGAGUUGAAUUGGAGAACAUAUGGCUGGAUUGUGAAACUCAAAACUGGACUGUGGCUGUUCCAUGAAGCCAAUUAUUGGCCUGUGAGACAGUCACCUGGACGGAGCAUCGCGUGGCUGGUCUGUGGAGCACACGGGAAGCCCCGGCAGAGGGAGACAAGGAAGAGGGAGCGGGAGACAAGAACUGUGUUUGGGCAAUGGGGACCCAUGAGGGUUGUAGCACACGGCUGCUGCUCAUCACCACAUUCUUCUGGGUUUCAUUUGUGAUCGUGGUCAUCGGUGUGCCAGACGACGAGUGCCCGGACACCAACCCGGCGAGCGAGACCUGCGAGUACGACGAGGUGUGUGACGAGGCGCGUUGCAAGUACAACGAGUACGCCACCUGCCACCCCAACCGCUGCGGCACGUGCGAGGCGGUGUUCCGCAGCUACGACCACGCCAUGGUGAACUGCACCCGGCUGACCCCCAAGUGUCGCCUCAUGCACCUGGAGAUGCUGCACAACCGUCAGAGCGCGGCGGGGAGCAGUGCCAGCGACGAGGUGUGGGACCUCGUCGACCUGGACGAGCCCUUCGAGCCCUCCUGCCACUCCAAUGGCUCGUUCCAGUCCAAGCAGUGCGACAGCGACUCGGGGCUUUGCUGGUGUGUGGACAGCGCCGGCGUCCGCGUCACUGACAAGAAGGUGGACGGCCCGCAGUGCGUGCGCCUCGUCCAAGUGCAUCUCAUACAGAUUGACUUGGAGUUUGGAGAUGACACGAACAAAAUUAUUCUGGGGAGAACACCUGAACUAAAACGACGAGUGGCAGAAAUGAUGGUGAGAGAAUACACGAUUAAGAAGAGCCAGAUUUUAGAAAUAAGCGUGAAGGAAAACCAACUGAAGGUGUCCAUCAAGAUCAGUGAAAACAACACGAAGGAGCCUGUGGACAUCGCCACAGUGGCAUACUACGUGGAACGGGACGUGAAGCGCAACGCGCUGCCGCUGGUGGUGGCCGGCCACCGUCUGGAGCCGCGCGUCGUCCUCGUCCUCUACUUCGACAACGAGGCCCCGCGCAUCAACAUGAAGAGCGUGUUCCCAGGCGUGGCGGCCAUCAUCAUCGUCAUCGCGCUCGCCGUGCUCACCGGAAUAUCCGUGUUUGUUGUUGUCACGCGGCGAUCACAGGAGGAGAAAUGCAGGGUGUACUUCAUCGAGGAAGGGCAGGAGAUGGUGGAAAGAAGAGAAGGAAGCUUGGAAAUUGAAUAAUGCUUCAACGCUUAACACUCAAUGCUAUAAUAAGUUAUUCUUACCAAAAUUGUGUGCAAAAUAGUACCAUCUUCCCCAACACGAUUUCCCCUUUUUACUCACAAUCAAGCAAAGAAAAGAUUUUGGUUUAGCACGUAGGCUCUCAGUUUAACACGUAGGCUUUCGCGACCAAUAUUAUCCAUAAUCGACGUUUUUGGGUUAGAUCACGUGAAUAUAAAUGUGUCGUUAAACCCGCCACUUCCCGACA